AUGUCAAUAUCUGUAUCUGUAUUAACAUUAAUGGCUAUAUCAAUUGAACGUUAUCAAGCAAUCGUUCAUCCAUUAAAAUUUAGUGGAACAAAACAACGUGCAAGAAUUUUAAUUCUUUCUGUUUGGAUACUUUCAUUAUUACUUGUUCUUCCAGAUGCUUUCAUGACGACACUUAGUCGACAAUUUGGAAAUCGAUUAUCAACAAAUUAUUUAACAUAUUGUCAAUGGAAUGCAGAUCCAUUAUUUGAUCUACUUUAUCAAUUACAUAUAUCACUUUGUUUAUUUGUCAUUCCACUUUGUUUUAUGGUAUAUGCAUAUACUGGUAUAGCACGUGUUCUUUGGGGUUCAUUACCAAGUGAAAGAAUAUUUCAUGAUGAAAAACAUAGAAUUAAUGCGAGUCAAUUAAUAUUUUCAGAUGAAUGUCAUAACAAUAAUUUCAGAAAUUCAACAAAAUCAGCUAAUUUAAUUGUUCAAGAAAAUCGACAAAAAGCAGCUAAAAUGCUUAUAUCUAUUGUAAUUAUUUUUGCUAUUUGUUAUAUUCCAGUGCAUGUUUUUAAUUUAUUCAGAUAUAUUUAUGUCUAUUUUGAACAUAUUAAACAAACACCGACAAAUGAUAAAUCAGAUGAAAAUAUUGAAUGUUUUAAACCAAAAAUAGUUUAUCUUGAACGUACGGGUACAAUAAAAAUUGUUACAAUUAGUGCAUUAAUAUCACAUUUUCUUCCUUAUUUCAAUUCAUCAAUCAAUCCAAUUAUAUAUAAUAUUAUGAGUGAUAAAUUUCGUAUCAAAUUUCAUGAACUAUUUUCAUCAUGGUGUUGUUGUUGUUGUUGUAAACCAAUUCCAAGAAUGAAAUCAACAUCUUCAGCAAUUAUACAAUUUAAAUCAUCGGGACUACCACAACAUUCAAUAAUUUCAACAAAUCUUAAUCGAUCUUCAAUGAAACAUAAUUAUAGACAAAAUUCAACUAAUAAAUUAAAUAUGAACAGUGAAGGUGGUCUGAUCAAGACUAAUCCUAAUCUGAACACUUGUAUAAAAAUUCACAGUCAACCAGUGAAUUUUAAUAUUGAUCAUAAAUGGGAAGCAGGUUAUCAUCCAUUUCCUGAAAUGAGUCGAUUUCUUAAUUCUCAUUCACGUAUUCAUCGACAAUCAUCUCGACCAUCAUCUUAUUCAUUUCUUGGAUAUAUUUGUAGUAUGGCUAAUAAUGAAAAAAAAAUUGAAGAAAUUUUAAAUACAUUCGGUAGAAAAUAUUCAUCAUUAAUAAUGACUAUAAUUGACGACGAUUGUCCAAAAUAUAAUCAACAAAAUAAACGAACAAUAAAUAAUAUUAAUCAAAAGAAUUUUUCACGAAUAUUUUUUCCUUAUAUUAUUGAUUAA